AUGCGUACGCUUGGGACGCCCAACAUACCCAAAACCGUCAAAAUCGCCAUCGUCAGCUUCAAAGACUCCUCCUCCUCCUCCCCCCCUCAGGCCUGGCUCGACAACCUCAAGACCUUCGCCUCAACCCCCGGCCUCAUCGCCCUCCACUUCGGCCAGAAGAUCGAGCACCCUGAAAAGUACAACUGGGUCGCCCGCUGGACCGGCCAGUCCGCCAUCGACGACUUCCACAACAGCCCCGGCUUCAAGGCCUGGGCCGACGUCUACGCCGCGCCGUUCACCACCAGCGUCAUCAAGACCACGCAGGAAACCACGUGCGACCCGAGCAUCCCCCUGCACUCCCCCUGCACGGAGUUCUUCAUCAACUAUGGCGUCGGCGACGAGUUCCACAAGGAGCGCCUAGAUCCGUUCGUCCAGACGCUCGUGGACGCGAAGCUGCCGGGUAUGAUUGGUGGCGCCACCGGCGAGUACAAGACCGUCACCAACGUCAACGAGCAAGUGCCGGAGCAGAAGGAGGUGAUUCUGCUGCUGGGCUGGGUUAACAGGAAGGCUCAUACUGCCCUGCAAGGAGAAGGCGGCACCAUUGUCACCAAUAUUCCUCGUAUUCUCCCCUACAGCAAGGGUCGUAGCAUGUAUCAUAUCAACUUCAAGAAGCUGUAAAAGCUAUAUACCCCCAAACGAACGCAUCAUAGAAGGUGCCUGUACAUGAUAAUGCUUCAGCAUCAAGAUGGUGCCUGAUUAUGCACUGCAUGCCGGCUUUAUGUUGCAUCAAAUAGACAUUUUAUAGCGCCCCAGAGAUGAAUUAAGAGCGAAAAAAGAAGAAGAGGAGUUUCAUAAUGAACAAAAAAAAGAAACCAUCGCAUAUUAUAGAGCAUCUGUCCAUUUUUGUUUUGCAGUCCCUUGGCAUCAUAUCAAACGAUGAUCCACCUCAUUGUAAAAGCCAGCUUCAUAGAUACCCCAUUCUGAUAAUCAAUGAAUCAAAGUCAAAUCGAAUCAAAUCAACCAUCGUGCCGCCAAAUAUACCGUAGAGCUCCGUUUCUAAUCAUCAUUGCUCUGUGCCCUCUUUCGUCCACCCUUAAAUUCAGUCCCAGUCACAGCAAGUAUCCCAUCUCUAGACUGCCAAAAAAAAAAAAAAA